ACACUCUUUACAAAUAAGGCAUGUGGCCCAUUUUCUUACAAUCUGAAACUUCCAAGUGAAAAAGCCUCUUCAGUCUCUCUCUCUCUCUCUCUCUCUUAUAUAAUAUGCGAAAAAGAUUUUCUUCCAUUCAAAAUCCGUCAUGUUUUCCAGAUUCCAAGGGAUAAGAAUCCUUUCCCGGGAAAAUUACAUCCGACUGAAUUUCAAAUUUGAAUUCCAAUCCAGAAGCUUUCAUUCUCACCGACCCAUUUUGCACUACUUUUCCUGCUUCGCCAGAGUUCAAGAUUUUCUUUCCCCUAAGAACCAGAAGCCUGAAAAAAACUUGAAGGAGUCGGAGUUUGUUCACAAUGCUGCAAAUAACAUGGAUUCUGGAAAAGACCCAGAUGAUCAAACGGCCAUUUUCGUCCAAAACAUCAUCAGAUUUCGAAGGGACAAAUCGACGGAGGAGAUUGAGGGAGCUCUUGAUCGUUGCGGGCUUCUUUUGACAGAGAAUUUGGUCUUAAAUGUGCUUCGGAGGCAUAGCUCUGAUUGGAAACCAGCUUAUUUAUUCUUCAACUGGGUUCGUAAAGGAGGCGGAGGGAAUGGGUAUUCACCAGGAUCCGAUGCUUACAAUGAGAUCCUUGACAUUCUUGGAAGAAUGCGGCGUUUCGAGGAACUGACCCAAGUGCUCGAGAAAAUGUCUAACAGAAGGGGAUUAGUCAGUGAAAUGACAUAUGGGAUUUUGCUUAGAAGAUAUGCGGCUGCACAUGAGGUGGAGAAAGCAAUUGAUUUUUUCCGCAGGAGGAAAGAGUUGGGUCUUGAGCUUGACUUAGUUGCAUUUCAAACUCUUUUGAUGUGGUUAUGCCGGUAUAAGCACGUAGAAGUUGCAGAAACCUUGUUUUACUCUGAGUUGAAUGAGUUUCGGCCUGAUAUAAAGACAAUGAAUAUCAUUCUUAAUGGUUGGUGUGUACGUGCAAAUGUACGUGAGGCAAAACGGUUUUGGAAUGAUAUAAUCAAAUCUAAAUGCCAGCCUGAUCUGUUUACAUAUGGGACUUUCAUUAAUUCACUGACCAAGAAAGGAAAAUUGGGUUCAGCAAUGAAGUUGUUUCGAGCCAUGUGGGAUAAGGGCUGCAACCCAGAUGUAACAAUCUGCAAUUGUGUCAUCGAUGCACUUUGUUUCAAGAAGAGGAUUCCUGAAGCCCUGGAAGUUUUAAAGGAAAUGAAUGAGAAGGGUUGUCUGCCAAAUGUUAUGACAUACAACUCGCUGAUCAAGCACCUGUGUAAAAUCCGGCGGAUGGAAAAGGUCUAUGAGCUUUUAGAUGAAAUGGAGCAGAAGAAAGGGAGUUGUUUGCCUAAUGCUGUGACUUAUAGUUUCUUGCUCAAGUCGUUGAAGAAACCAGAGGAAGUUCCAAGUCUCUUGGAGAGGAUGGAGAGAAAUGGAUGCAGGAUGACUGGUGACAUGUACAAUCUGGUGUUGAAGUUGUAUAUGGAAUGGGAUUGUCGAGAAAAAGUUAGAUACACUUGGGAUGAGAUGGAGAGAAAUGGGUUAGGACCAGACCAGCGAUCUUAUACCAUUAUGAUUCAUGGGUUGUAUGACAAGGGAAGGAAGGACAAUGCUUUGCGUUUUUUUAGGGAGAUGACAUCGAAGGGAAUGCUACCGGAGCCUAGGACUGAGAUAUUGGUGAACUCUUCUUGAACGUUAAUUUGAAGAGAGAAGGUGAACAAUAGGAAAAUUUGUCACCCAGAUUUGAUACAAUAUUAUUGACAUUUAAUUCAUUUUUAUUCCAAGUGGAAAAAGUUUCCCUGUGAAAUUUAUGUAAAGGAGCAAAAUGAGGUCUUGGAUGCCUUGUAACCAUGAGACCAGCUAGUUGUUUUCAAAAUCUCAAACCGUACAAGAUGUUUGGGUUGGAUAAUUCAUUUUGAGGCAUCAUUCUAAUGAAAUUUGUACAUUAAAACUUGUUGA